AUGGAGAGAGCUCGUAUCCGACGACGACGACAACAGUUCCAGGCACAAUUUGAAGUCCGUUCACGAGAGUUGCGUGAUGCACUGGCAGCGCAGCUUUCGGACGGAGCCAAUGGGGCCAAGAGUGCAGCACUUAACUCACGACUUGUGUUGAAGUUACAGUUCCAGGUCGGAGAGUUGUGUGCAGAAUACAGCGAGUUUAGCCUUGCGAGUAUGUACUUCCAGCAAGUUUUGACGAGUCUUGGGCCACAAGUAGCCGAGGAGGCUGAAGAGAUGGCGACUUUGAGGACGAAUACACUCAACUGGUUGGCAGUCACGCAUUUCCGAGUUGGAAAACUACACGAAGCCAUGGAUUUCCUACUACAGGCUAAGAAAUGUAGUCGAGGCGAGGACGUAUCGGAGUCGAGCAGUCCACCGAUGGACAAGUCUUUGACAGCCAACUACGCUCUGUUCCUCCAUGCUAAAGGCAACAUCGUAGAUGCCGAGCAUACUGCUCAGUUAGUAAUCAACGAAGGUGAAGAAGAUCCGAGUGAGGAGUCCGAAGAUGAUACAAGAGCUCGAAGCACGGCCUUCAUGUUACUAGCGAGUAUUUACAAGGCUCGAGGAGACUUUGAACGCGCUUUAAAGUAUGCUGAGCGGGCGGUGUCUCUUGCAGAUAGAGUACGAGACCCUCGUCUAAUCUCACGCGCGCACAAUAACCUCGGUGUCUAUUGCCUUGAACAAAACGAAGUGGAGCGUGCAUUCAGUCUUUUUGCAAGUGCCUAUCGUGCCACGCAACAGUCGAAAGACUUCGAACAGCAAGCGACUGUCAAGUACCAUCUCGGUCUUGCGUUGUCGUAUCUGGGUCGAAAUCUGACUGGGAAACAGGAAAUCAAUGACGAUGAAGAGGAAGAAGAAAGCCCCGAAGAAAUUCGACAACCAAGUCCACCCGAAGACGAAGCAACAGAAACACCAAUAGCAGCAAAAACUCCGAAGGAUCUGUUCCUGGAGAGUGAAAAUCUGAUGAGUGCUCUGUCAGAUCCCGACAAUAUUCUUCGCGUAUUAACACAAUGUUGUCGUGGCGAAGAAGAAUACUUUGCGGGCGAGUUUCACACAGCUGAAGCCGAGUUUUCGAUUGCUAUGGGUCAGUUUGAAGAGUUCACAGGGAUCGACAUGGAAGAAGACCAGAACUCUGAAACAAAGACUGAAGGUGCAACCAGUACAGAAGUUGUAGAAGAAGAAAAGACCGUUCUUCCUCCUAUCGACCCCGAUUUUGCAAAGCUGCAAGGCCUAUUACUCAGCUACAUCGGGUGUACACAACUCGUGGAGGGUAAGUUCGCUUUCGCCGAGCAUUCCCACAAACGAGACCUCGCAUUGGCUCUUCGACAGGAAGAUCUUCAUGCUCAACACCGGGCACUGCGAAACUUGGCAAUCGUUUAUAAUGCCACGCAGCGGUAUGUGGAAGCAAUUCCUCUUUGGCGAGAAGUACUCGAGCUGUCCGCCAUACUAAAUCUCAACGGAGAGCAACUCAUGGCCUACUCCGGUUUGGGUUCUGCUCUUCGUGAACUACUGAUGUUGGAAGGACCAGGAGCAAUCGAAGCAGCAGGCUUAGAAUCCGACUCCGGACCAAUGAACCCGCUGCAAGUGUUCAUGAAGCAGCGUGAACUUGCUGAAGAAAUGGGUGACCUCCAUCAACAGAUUCUGGCUCAACGACAUAUCGUUAGUGUGUACGAAAGCCCGAUCUCCAAACCACAGAGCGAGAGUGAGGCUACCGAGGUGCUCGAGCAUCGUUUGUCAGAGUGUGACGUCCUAGUCCGGUUGUGCGAGGAAUACGAAAACCAGCAAUAUCGUGCUGACGCUUACCGAUCGCUGGCCAACGCUCUAACUUCACAGAUAGUGAGGCUUCGAGCUCGAGCUAAUGAAUCAGCGCUGCAUCAUGGCUUAGCCGAUGCCAUUGCAAUGUUAUCACAAAAGCGGAACAGUGUGUGCGCCAGCUAUCAUGAAGCUAAUGCGUCACUUUCAACCGCAGCAGCUCUCCUUCAAGAUGUUGAUGAAGACGCUGAGGAUGAGAUUAAAGCGUCUAAACCGAAGCCUGAAGAGCGCCAAGCUCGACCGCCACUCACACGGCUCGAGAUAUUGCAGCGUCGUUAA